AAGGUCUUCGUCAAAGAAGAUGCGAGGUCCCUGGUUUCUUGGCGCGCCGAGAAAAAAGGUGCUCCGAGAAAAAAGGCGCUAGCAGAAUAGAAUAAUUUUUGGUGUCAAGGCGCUUCACCAAGCUACUCGACACCGCUUUCCACGUCCGAUUUUUUGGAUGAGACGAUAGAAAGCUAAUUUGAGCUUCACAAUGUCGGCCGAACAGGAGCAGAAUGAGCGGAAACGCAAGAGGGCUGCGAAGGAGCGACCCCGCGAUCACCCAAAAAAACGCAGCAAGGUUCAAGAUGGGGACAAGGAGGUGGACCAGAAGGCAGAAUUGGCAGUGGUACCUGUUAAUGACGCAGUCGGGAACACAGCCAUAGUGCCUGUUAUCAAAAAGAAAGAGAAGAAGGGAAAAAAGAAGGACAAGACGCUAAAAACGACGAAAAUCGAAGUACCGUGGUCAAUCUCAGAGGCUGUUGGAGGAUGGUUUCUUCCUCAUGACCCGGUGUUCUCACCAGACGAGAAAUUCCUUAUUUUGGCGACCAGAAGCUAUCUGCAAAUUUACUCCACCGCAACCUCGUUACUAGUCCGUAGCCUGAGAGUCAUACGAUCUGACAUCACGUCUUAUGCUCUAUCCGAAUCGAAGCCCACUCAGAUAUAUGCUGCCACUGCGGCAGGUCUUAUUACAACGUGGGAUCUGGACACUGGAAAAUGGCUCGGCCGCUGGGAUAUCAAAUCGGAAAUUCGAGGAAUUGCCGCAGCCUUGCCUGCUAAAGGAUCUCAAGACAUUAUCUUCACACAAGAGGCUGGUGGUCGCCAUGUCAUCAACGCGCAAACUCUUAAGACCGACACCGGGGCGUCAGAAAACGAGUUGAAGCAGAUACUGAAAACUGAGGAGCCGAUUCAAUCCUUCCAAGUUCUCUCGACAGGAGCUAUAAUCGUCGUUGCGCUUCAAAAUUCUAUGAUGAUUGGCAAAGCUCUACCGCGGUCAUCUACCGACUUGAAAGAGCUCGAGUACGUUUGGCGGACAUUCAAAAUUCAGCAGGACAUUACAACCUUCCACGCUCGAUUGGAAACCCAAACUGGACCAAUCGCAAUCCCACAAAAGGGAUCAUCCGGGAUCAACCCUGACUCACUCGAUCUUGCAAUAGGUUGUGUCGACGGCGCCAUAUUAUUGUAUAAUGACAUUCUGAGGAAGCUUACAAAGAUUGAGAGAAAGAACGAAAAGAAGAACGAGAAGAAGAACGAGAAACCCGAGAAUAUUAUACCGCGUCGGCUACAUUGGCACAGAGAGGGUGUUGCUUCUUUGAAGUGGUCUGUAGAUGGUAACUACCUCAUCUCCGGUGGCAAAGAGACAGUCCUUGUGAUAUGGCAGUUGACCACGGGGAAGAAGGAACACCUACCCCAUUUGACCUCAGAGAUCGAGAGUGUGGUCGUGUCGCCUUCCGGCACCUCCUACGCGGUUCGCCUGGCGGACAAUUCUUUGAUCGUCUUAUCAACAACAGAGUUGAAGCCAAAGACCAGUAUUGCCGGUAUUCAAUCUAGAAGAGUCCUCCACCAAGGCUCGGAAUCGUCGCAAUCGGGCACACUUCCUUCUGUCCUGCAAAAGUCAAGUAACCCAGUUGCAGCCUAUGGGAAAGUCCCAAUGGCUGUAAACCCAUUGAACUCCAACCAGAUACUGUUGCCGAUUCCCUCUUCUCAGCCACGAAGCGAGAUGAGCGAUCAAAGGCUUCCUGCGCCAUAUCUCCAGACUUUCGACAUCUCUACCGCUCGCCACGUCUCUCGUCAGGCACUCACACGUAACAAUGCGACCAACUUUAAUCUAGGACCAGAGCGAUUAAAGUUGCGAGAGCCGGAUGUCAAGCUUAUGCAGCUGAGUCAUGACGGUAAAUGGCUUGCAACCGUAGAAGACUGGGCUCCACCACCUACGGAUGUCGAACAUAUCUCAGAAAAUGACAAAGAUGCUGCUAAAGAACAGUCUUUACGCCGUGAAAUUUACCUGAAAUUCUGGCUAUGGAAUCACCAGAAGGGAGUCUGGAGUUUGGAGGCGAGAAUAAACACACCGCAUCUCUUUCCAGACGACAUGUCAACCUGCCAAGUCAUUGACCUUGUUUCCCAUCCUACAGAGGUUGGGUUCGCAACCAUUGGUGAGGAUAGCUUCGUCAGAGUCUGGAAACCAAAAGUCAGACGGCGAGAUGGAGCUGUAGUUCGAUCAGCUACUUCCGAUGCCCUGUAUACUUGGUCAAAUUCUUGCUCUAUCGAGUUGGAGACUUCAAUUCAGCCCCCUGAGACGAAGAAAAGACCACUGUCCUCGUCUUUACCGCUCGCAGCAUGUUUGGCAUAUUCCGCCGAUGGUUCUGCACUGGCGGCCACUCAAGAUUGGGGCUUCAACACUGCACCAGGCCUGGUCCAUCUGAUUAACACCAAAGCAGGCGUUGUACACCGGUCUCUCCCAAAUCUCUACAUCCAGAAGCUCGCUGCCUUGGCGUUUGUUGGACAGUACCUCGUUGUGGUAUCGGAGUCUGUCACCGUCUGGAACCUAGUCGACGAUGAGCUCAGCUACAGCCAUUCCAUCAACCUGAACCAAUCCGAUUAUACCCAUCAAAAUUCACUAAUUCACCUCGCGGUAAACGCACAAGAUGGCACUUUCGCCGUCGCUUUCCCGAGCCUUCAGUUCGACCAACUUGCAUCGAAAAAGUCCAAAGCCCCUGCCCCGAAGAUCCGCAAGGCGUCGUCCACCAUCAUCAUCUUCGACCCUUCGAGACCAAAGCCUCUUCACAGCUCUGGCCUCCCCGAUGUUGUGAUGGCGCUGCGCCCAACGCUCAACGGCAGCGGCUACAUCACGCUCGACUCGGCGGCAGAGGUUCGCAUCAUCAACCCGAAGUCGAGCGCGUCGAUUCCCCUUAUCGGUCCCAUCGCCAAACCUGAUCAGUCUCUUGCUACAGCAGGAGAGGUGGAGGAAGAAGUGGAGGACAUGGACGUCGAUGAUGAAGAAGAGGUUAUCGUGCCUGCUGCGGUCAAGGACAGCGAGAUGACGGAUGAUGAGAUCGAAGAUACCGAGAACGAUAAGCCGGUUGUGCGGCCGGAGCAUUUGGCGCAGAUAUUCGAUGUUGGGCCAUCUUUUGCCGGGCAGUCGAUGAAGGAGCUGUUCAACGCGGUCGUGGGGUUGUAUGCCAGGAAACCGAGGGUGCGGUGGGAGCAGGAGGUCACGGUUGGGAUCUGAACUUGGGCUGUUGAGAGUUGUGUACAGCGCAGGGAAGCUUUUGGAACUGUUAUAGUAGUAGGCUUUCACGAGUCGACUUGAGUCGGCCAUUGUAUAAUCAUGGCAUAGUCAAGCGUUCGGAGCAACCAAAUUCAGACGUCUUUCUUGGUCAAUAACUUUUGCUUUACUUCAAUCCUGCAUCUUUUCAGCGCUAUUCAAAAGCCUCAAUGCAUGAAGAACCAACAACCCAUUAAUCUCACCAACACCCGUGAUGUCGUCUACCCACACGUCCCAAAAUCAUCCUGGCACCCGCUGCUCGCCAGGCAGUAAUCCGCUGUCGAUCCA